AUGUCCGGACUUUCGCCAGCAUCUCUUUCUGAGGAUGACGUCUCGGCAAGGAGAACACAAGUGCAGUACUUGGAGGAUGCGCAGAGGACGUGCAAGGUUUGCGGUGACCGUGCCAACGGAUACAACUUCGGUGUAUUGACAUGUGAAUCGUGCAAGGCAUUUUUUCGUCGAAAUGCUGUGAAGGAGGAGGAGAUAAAAUGUCCGUUCUCGGGGAACUGUGGUAUCACGUCUGCAUCCCGGCGAUUUUGUCAAGCGUGCAGGUUACGAAAAUGCUUUGCGGUUGGAAUGAGCAGAUCAUGGCUAACUGAUCAAAAACCAAGAGCGAAUAGUAGGAAGAGGCAGACACGCAGCAGUGAAGCGUCAAAUUCGGAUGAAGAAGUCAGUGUGCCGAAAGCAUAUUUGAAGGAAUUGAUACGGAAGUCAAAAAGGUUGCCUAGUUUUUGUGAAUGUACGUGCACGUGCGGCUUCUAUCCUGCAGGAACACGGUUGACAGCGUUCACAUAUGAGAAGGAAUGUCCACCAGUUGUAUAUCCUUCAUCAUCCUAUUCGCCUCCUUCUAUGUCUUUCUCUCAGUCCCCAUCGAUACGAACGGAAAGACCGCCACCGUGUGCGCCCACAUCCAGCAAUCCGCCGUAUCUACGCCAACCUCUAGACAUACCGAAUUCUAUGCCUUCUCCACAGGAACUUCUCAAUUUGCAAGGUUACGGUAUCGGAUCGAACGCAAUGCUUUCUGCAUUUUCAACGGUGCAACCCUCCUAUACUUCUCUACAGCCGCCAGUUCCUUCCCAAGGGGUGGCGAUCAAUCCGGUCGUCUCAUCCUUGCAGGGUGUAGAUCCAAUGUCACCCUCAACAUCGAAGCCUCCUGCUUCUGGAGAGAUUCCUUUCGAUCUGAAGAAGUAUUCGAAAUUAUCCUCAAACGAUGUGAAUCUGCUUCAGGAACUAAUUAGAGCGAACGAACCCCUCAAAGCUCCAAUUGAUCUACAUUUCAGUGGCGAGUUAACAUUGAUGGAUGUAGUGAAAAUAAGUGAGGCGGCGUUGAAAAGAAUUGUGUGCAUGGCGAGGGAUUUGGCAGCUUUCAAGGAUCUAGAUAUUGAGGAUAAAAAGAACCUUAUGAAAGGCAGCUGCAGCGAAUUGCUGAUUCUGCGAGGAGUUAUGGCGUUCGAUCCGAACAAAAACACCUGGAAUCAUAAUUUUACGACGGGCAUUAAGGGAAUGGAGGUUAAACUAGAUGUGCUCAAGAGUACCAAAGAAACGCAACACUAUGAAGAACACAAACGUUUUCUCACUGAAUUCAACGAACAAAUUCGAACGAAUGAAUGCGUAAUGCUGUUGUUGAUGGCUCUCGUCAUUUUCCGCCCAGAUCGGCAAAAUCUUCGAGAAAAGGAAAGAGUGAGAGCAAUCCAGAACACUUACUACGGUGUUUUAAGGAGGAUACUUGAAUGUGAAUACGCUGGAAAUGAAGCUUUUCUGGUGUACGAGAUGCUUGUACGAAAGUUGGAGGAGUUGAAACAUUUAAAGGAAGGGCUGGUCCGAAUUUACUAUGGAUUUGAUAGCCGUCAAUUAGAUCCACUAAUUAAGGAAUUGUUUGAUAUGAUGUAA